AUGACUGCAAUCGAGAGUUUCGACAGCAUCUACCUUGAUCUCUCCAAGGAGAGCGGCAAGUGCAGAUUCGCAGAGACCGGCUUCGGAUGGAAGCCCGCGGGCGGCGGUGACACCUUCACCCUCGAUCACAGCAACAUCGGAAGCGCCCAAUGGAGUCGAGCCGCCAGGGGAUACGAGAUCCGGAUCCUGCAGCGCAACUCGGGCAUCAUCCAGUUGGACGGGUUUCAGCAGGAGGAUUACGAGCGCCUCAGCAAGAUCUUCAAGAACUGGUACAGCACCGUGCUGGAGAACAAGGAACAUGCGCUGCGGGGGUGGAACUGGGGCAAGGCCGAGUUUUCCAAGGCCGAGAUUGUCUUCAACGUCCAGAACCGCCCGGCCUUUGAGAUGCCGUACUCUGAGAUUGGAAACACAAAUCUGGCUGGUCGAAAUGAAGUCGCAGUAGAGCUGGCGCUGCCCCUCAACGCCAACGACACCGGCACCAAUGGCCAGCUGGGCGGUGCGCGUGGCAAGGGCAAAAAGGCCGGCGCGGGCAAGGAUCAGCUCGUCGAGAUGCGGUUCUACAUUCCCGGUGUGACGACCAAGAAGGAGACCGAGGGCGAGGACGCCGGUAGCGACGCCGGCGAGGAGGAGGAGAAGAAUGCCGCAACACUCUUCUACGAGACGCUGAUUGAGAAGGCAGAGAUUGGUGAGACGGCUGGUGAUACUAUCGCCACCUUCCUCGAUGUUCUGCAUCUCACCCCCAGAGGUCGUUUUGACAUCGACAUGUACGAAGCCUCGUUCAGACUCCGUGGUAAAACGUACGACUACAAGAUCCAGUACGAGGCCGUCAAGAAGUUUAUGGUGCUCCCCAAGCCCGACGAAAUGCACUGCCUGCUCUGCAUUGGCCUGGAUCCCCCUCUCCGCCAGGGUCAGACAAGAUAUCCCUUUGUCGUCAUGCAAUUUAAGAAGGACGAGGAGGUGACUAUCGACUUGAACAUUGACGAGGCAGAGCUGGAGAGCAAGUACAAGGACAAGCUCGAGCCCCAUUAUGAAGAGCCCCUGCACCACGUCGUGGCCAAAAUCUUCCGAGGCCUCGGCAACAAGAAGAUUUCCUCCCCUGCGAAAGACUUCCUUACCCACCGCAAUCAAUAUGGCAUCAAGUGCUCCAUCAAGGCCAGCGAGGGUUUCCUGUACUGCCUAGAAAAGGCCUUCAUGUUCGUCCCCAAGCCCGCCACGUACAUCGCCUACGAGCAGACCCAGUCCGUCACCUUCUCCCGCGUCAGCGGCGCAGUCUCCGCCCUGUCCACGUUCGACAUCACCGUCGUCAUGAAGAACGGCGCCGGGUCAUCGCAAUUCAGCAACAUUAAUCGUGAGGAUCUCAAGGCCCUGGAGUCCUUCUUCAAGCUCAAGGGCCUGCGCGUCAAGAACGAAAUCGACGAGGACGCCAACCUGCUCGCCGCCGCUCUUCGCGAAGAGGCCAUGAUGGAGUCUGACGAUGAGGUCGUCGCUCCCAAGGCGGAUCGCGGCUCUGCGGAUGAAGACGAGGAGAGCGUCGAUGAGGACUUCCAGGCGGACAGCGACAGCGAUGUCGCCGAGGAGUACGACAGCAAUCAUGAGAGUUCCGGCUCUGGAAGUGCUGAGAGUGAUGUUGAUAACGACGACCGGGAUGAGGAUAUGGACGACGUUGAUGACGAGGAGGAAGAGGAGCGACCUAAGAAGAAGUCAAAGAAAUAA